CUGCAGUAGAAUGAAAGAAAGCGAGGAGUGUGCCUUGCUUCACGGCUGCGGGCAGAGAUGGCGUCCUGAUGCCGGUGAAUAAGCAGAAAAACGGAGCAGAGGAAGAGGAAAGGGAUGCGGGCAGUGGAUGAUGAGACGCUGCAUCAUUCAGAGCAUCACAUGGCUUGAGAUGACAUUCCCUGCAAUGGUGGUGGCGCCUUGAGGAUGUUUUGCGGAUGUUUAUCGUUCCCGUUUUCAUGAGGUCUGAACCGGCGCUGUGAUUCCUCUGGAGGCGAGGCGGUGGGGGUUUGUUGUCUACCUCAGCUGUUUCUCCCUCCGGCGGGGCUCUCUGCUCAUCCGACGCAGGGAGGAGAGGGCAGAGGGAGGGUGCGAGAGAGAGGGGCGAUGGCCGCCGGUGGAGCAGGAUGCGGGGACACAGUGGAGCAGUGCCGGUCCGAGGUGGAGCGCCUCACCCGGGAGCUGGCGGAGGCCAAUCGCGAGAAGAUCCGAGCGGCGGAGUGCGGUCUGGUGGUACUGGAGGAGAACCAGAGCCUGAAACAGCAGUAUGCUGACCUGGAGGCCGAGCAGGAGGCCCUAAGACUGGAGCUGGAGCAGCUGCAGGAGGCAUUUGGACAAGCCUACUCCACCCAGCGCAAGGUAGCAGAGGACGGAGAGACCAAUGAGGAGACGCUGCUGCAGGAGUCAGCUACCAAAGAGGCCUACUACAUGGGCCGGCUCCUGGAGUUGCAGUCAGAGCUGAAGCACAGCCGUGCUACAGUGUCCAACACCCAGGCUGACAAUGAACACCUUAGCACCAUGCUGCAGGAGCUCAGGGAGAGUAAUGAGAUGUUGGAGCUGCAGAGGAGUCGAAUGCGAGAGGAGAUCAGGGAGUACAAGUUUCGAGAGUCACAGCUUCUCCAGGAUUAUACUGAGCUGGAAGAGGAGAACAUCUCCCUGCAGAAACUGGUGUCAACGCUCAGACAGAAUCAGGUGGAGUAUGAAGGCCUUAAGCAUGAGAUCAAGGUUUUGGAGGAGGAGACGGAGCUCCUCAAUAGCCAGUUACAGGAUGCGCUCCGUUUGAAGGACAUCUCAGACACUCAGCUGGAGGAGGCGCUGGAAACCUUGAAGAGUGAGCGCGAGCAGAAGAACCACCUACGUAGGGAGCUGGUCCACCAUCUUAGCAUGUGUGACGUGGCCUACACUGGCAGUGCACAUCUAAUGUUCUCAUCUGCACCUCCCAGCGGCGCCGCUACACCAACUACUCUGCUCUCCCCCAACGCAGAGGAGCCAACAAGGUGUAACGGCCACCUCCAGGGUGGAACAGGAGCAGGGAUGGUGCCCAGGACAAAUGGAGAGAGCAAAGGUGGCCGAAAAACUGAGGGGGCAGUGACGGCUGACCUGUUCAGUGAGAUGAACCUGACAGAGAUUCAGAAGCUGAAGCAGCAACUGAUGACGGUUGAACGAGAGAAAGUAGCACUGAUGACCAGCCUGCAGGAGUCCCAGACUCAGCUCCGACACACCCAGGGCGCACUGACCGAGCAGCAUGAGAAGUCCCUCCGCCUCAGUCAGAAAGUCACUGCCCUCCGCCGCCUUCAUCGAAGGGUCAGUCAGGAGGCCCAUGGCAGUGCCACCUCUCCGCUCAAUUCUGAAACCCUGAUGGAGCUGGACAAAGACGAGGAGGAGGCUGAAAAGGAAGGAGAAACUGGAGAGGCUAAGAACGAGGCACUGAAUAUAAGUCAGGUAUUUACAUACCAAACUCCAGGCCUGGAGAUCUUGCAGUGCAAAUACCGCGUGGCGGUAACAGAGGUGGUAGAGCUCAAGGCAGAAAUGAAAGUCCUCCGUGAGAGGCUAACUCAGUUCGAGGAGGGAGCAGUGGAGGAGAGGCCAAGACAAAAGAUUCAAUUGCACAAGCUGGAAAGACAGGUCACCUCGUUGGAAAAGAACUGCCAGGAGGGACAGGAGAAGAUCGCUACCUUGGAGCUGAAGUUGCAGGCUGCUCAGUCAGCAGCCAGUGAAAGCCAGGGUGCGCUGAACGCAGCUCAGGAUGAGCUGGUGACCCUGAGUGAGGAGCUUGCCCAGCUAUACCACCACGUCUGCAUGUGCAACAAUGAGACGCCCAACCGAGUCAUGCUGGACUACUACAGACAAGGCAGGGGCCUCAGGGGCCUCUGUGCCAGUCUCAAAGCCAUGUCUUCGGACAACAGCAAAGUUCUCCUCACACCACGCCUGGCCAGGCGGCUGGCCGCAGUCUCCUCAGCAACCUCGAGUCCAGCGGACUCGCGGAGCCCCUCGGAGUCCCCAUCCAAAGAGCCUUUAUCGGGGGAGGGAGGAAGAGAGGAGAAGGAAGUAGACAGGGAGGGCCUUCAGGUGCCGUCUGAGCCGAGCCUGCUGCCCUCCACGCCUCCUACUCGCUCGCCGAGCAUCAGUGCCUCUUCAUCAUCAUCAUCCUCAUCAUCGCCUGCCCUGGAGCCAGUUGGUGAACUGCGCAGGGAGCCCAUGAACAUCUACAACCUCAACGCCAUCAUCAGAGAACAGGUCAAGCACCUCCAGCGGGCAGUAGACAGGUCCCUGCAGCUGUCUAGACAGAGGGCUGCAGCCAGGGAACUGGCCCCUCUGCUGGACAAGGACCGGGAGAGCUGUAUGGAGGAGAUCCUGAAGCUCAAGUCUUCACUCAGCACCAAAACAGAACAGAUUGCUACCCUCAGACUGGUUCUCAAGGCUAACAAACAGGCGGCAGAGGUGGCUCUGGCCAACCUUAAGAGCAAAUAUGAGGCGGAGAAAUCUAUGGUGACGGACACCAUGACAAAGCUGAGGAACGAGCUGAAGGCCCUAAAAGAGGAUGCUGCCACCUUCUCCUCCCUCCGAGCCAUGUUUGCCACCAGGUGUGACGAGUAUGUGAUCCAGCUGGAUGAGAUGCAAAGGCAGCUUGCUGCGGCGGAGGACGAGAAGAAGACUCUGAACUCCCUCUUGCGGAUGGCCAUCCAGCAGAAGCUAGCCCUCACCCAGCGCCUGGAGGAUUUAGCUUUUGAUCAAGAGCAGUCCCAUCGCACCCGGGGGAGCAGGCUGACCCGUGGGAAGACCAGAACCCCCAAAAUCGUCAGUAGCCUUCUACCACAGUGCCGUUCCUCGUAUCCUCCCCACAGCUGAGGGUCUGGGCCUCCUCAGUUCACAUCCCAGCAGCAGUAUGUCAGUCCUCUUGGAUUGCUACGCAAACAUCUGCCCUGAGUGCCUACUCUCUGGCUCUCUUCUGGGUCCUCCAUCUCUGUAGAAAACUACCCCUGAUCCCGACCUCUCAACCUUGAAGACUUGCUCAGCAUAUUAAGCCGAACUGAAAACUGUCCCUCAAGGCCUUUACAGGGCAUGCCUGGCUCACAUUUACUUUUCUUCGGGGAAUCAGAAGUGAUAGUCUACUUUGACAGUUGCUACUGCCAACAGAGCGACAUGAACCUACUGCUCUCAAUACCUAUUAUCUAUGUAUCAGUGCAUAAUUCUGUGUGUUUUCAAUCAUCAGAUUGUAUUUGUGUGAUUCCCUGUGGUUAUUGUGUGUCAUUUGGUCCUCAGAUAUUUUAUGCAUAUCUCAAACAGUAUAUUAACCAUUGUGUGUAUUUCAUUAAGCAUGUGCAUCUCUAGUUUUUAACUUUUGAUAUUCCAAAAGUUGCUGCUUCUUUUUAACUCACACAGUCCUUCUACAUGCGUCACGUCCUGGACAUUGCGGCUGUUUUUUCAUUAAACAAAGAACAUAUAUACACCGAUCAGCCACAAUAUUAAAACCACUGACGACCACCACAUCUUGUGACAAUACGAUGUUCUACUGGGAAACCUUUGAACUUAGCAUUCGUGUGGAAGUUACUUAGAAAUGUAUCACCCACCUAGACCAGACCAGACAACCCCACCCCAUAGCAAUGACACUCUUUGAUGGCAGCAGCCAUCCCCAGCAGGAUGCAGCCUGACACAGACAGGUGUUGACCUGGCCAUCAUAUUCACUAGAUCCCAUACUGAUCAAGUAUCUGUGGGAUGAUCCACGGAGGCCCCUCCCCUCAACCCAUAGGACAUUAAAGCCCCCCACUAGCAGCAUUGUGUUGCCAGACACUACAGGACGCCCUCAGAAGGCCCAUGUCCGUUCUCUGAGGAGGCACAAAAGAGACCUACACAAUAUUAGGCAGGUGGUCAUAAUGUAAUGCCUGAUCGGUGUAGCCUGUUUUAAAUUAUAUUUGUGUAUCCAUAUAAAACUCUGAAAUUAAAUAUCUACAUAUGCAUAGACCUAUACAGUAUGCAAAGCAACAGAGGGAACUGGAUAAGACCAUUACCAAAAGGAACUUUCAGAUUUGAAUGGUUUUGGAGACAUCACAUAAUAGAGAGAAAGCUACUACAAGUCCAUUUACCAUUCUAUCACCAGGAAUAUCUGUGUCGGAGACAAGACAAAUUUGUUCUUUGUUCAGCCACGUGUAGGGUAUGCAGGAAGUUUCAGGUAUCAGCCUUACCAUGGUUGCAAGUGAUUAAGCCUGCCACAAUGUUGGUUGCAUGUGAUAUGUUAGAAUGUGUUCUCCUUUGGUCUCAUUCAGCGCAUUGAUAUAAUGUCGCAGUGUUCAGUUUGAACCCUGCAAAGCGCACUCUUGUUGUCAGUUAUAAUGGCUUUCCAUUUGGUACUGGAACUACAGCGAGUACACUACUCAGCUGACACUGAGCCCCAUGCUUUGACAUCACUCUCGUACAACUGAGAUUGAUUACAACAUGCACAUUAAUGUGCAUCAAAAGGAAGUUUGGACCUUGGACUACUACUUUAUCCAAUUGAAAAGUAAUCUUGGAACAAAUUACAACAGAAACCAGCAAAUUUGUGUCACAAAUGGUCACUACCUUGAAAGCUAGUGAUUUUUUAAUUGGUACCAUUGAUGUUGUCGCGUCAAAAUACAUGCAUUUUGAGUCCAAGCCUUCAAUAAAAAAAAGUUUUUAAAAUUGAUGUCACAGCCAUCUUACCAAAGUAGCCACCAUCUUGUUUUUUUUUUGUUUGUUUUUUUUUGAAUACUGGAAUACUGAUUUGAUUUUCAGCACCAUUUUGAUUAAUUACAAAUAUUUCCAAAUUUAGAAAAAAGCUAAUCUUGCUCAUCAAAAACAUUUAAAGGAUGCUUUUUUUCCUCAUCACGCUGGUGGAAAUGGGCUUCCAUAAGAAUAAGCACAAAGUAAGCAAUGCAUUCCAAAUACCUGCUGUGUUUGACAGUUCAUCAUAUCGAAUGUAGUUUUCCUAAUUGUUCUGAUGACAGUGCUUGGAUGUAUAACCUCUGAUGCAGUGAUAACAGCAAUGCUCCUCUGCUCUUCUGCAACGAAAUGGGACAUUGGUUAUCACUCCAGUAAUGCUCACUCACUCAUUGCACCAUGCUCAACUGCCAAAAGUUGAAGCCAGCAGGACAGUACUGGAUAUAAGCUGGAGUCCGGAGAGAACAAUAAUGUGUAAUAAUUGAAAAUGACAAGUAAUUGCAUCAUAAAUCUGUAUUCCAUUUAAGACUGUUAGGGAAUCAAAGAUUUCAGACUUUGUUACAAAGCAAACAAUGAAUGAAUGCCUCCAAUGUAAUGUUCAGAUACAGGCCACGCUGGGUGAGAAUAUAGAAGCAAGAAAAAAGAAUAGUAUGCAGAAACGGUGAAGUUACAAAGAAAAGUGGAAUUAGAAAUAAUUUUUCUCGCUCUUUGUUAACCUCCUUCACCUGAUACAACACAGCUAUGUGAAGAUGUGAAGAUCUGUAUUAAUAAGCAAUAUUGUUGCAAUAUGUAUGUUUCAGAAAUGGCUGCCCAGAAUCCUCCCUUUCAAAUCAGAAAUAAAUUACUCAUACUCUUUU